AUGCACGCAGAAAGCGCAGAAGCCCCCGAGAAGUCCACGCGAAUUUUGGAAGAGUAUUUGGACAAGCUCGUUUUCAUUCUUCUGCACGAUAAUACGACUGUAGAGGGAAUCCUCCGAUCUUUCGACCACUUCUACAACCUCCUCCUGGAAGACGCGAGGGAAGCUACAAUCGCAGGCGACGAGUACUGCCUCGUUGAAAGCGAAGCCCUCCUCCUGCGGGGCGAGAACAUCGUCCUCCUGAGCGCAGGAUCCCUCGUAACGGAGGGAAUGAAAAAAACAGAGUACUCAAAAAUGCAGGAAAAGGUGAAGGCAGCAUCUGACGACCUGGACUUUAUUACGCUGUAG